CUUUACCGAGUACAUUCAAUACCACAGUGCAUGUUUCAACUGAACACCUAACCUCUGACCCAGUGACUACUGUACCUGUUCAAGAUAGGACCUCAACGCCUGUACCAAGUACAUUCAAUACCACAGUGCAUGUUUCUACUGGACACCUAACCUCUGAUCCAGUGACUACUGUACCUGUUCAAGACAGGACCUCAACAUCUUUACCGAGUACAUUCAAUACCACAGUGCAUGUUUCAACUGAACACCUAACCUCUGACCCAGUGACUACUGUACCUGUUCAAGAUAGGACCUCAACGCCUGUACCAAGUACAUUCAAUACCACAGUGCAUGUUUCUACUGGACACCUAACCUCUGACCCAGUCACUACUGUACCUGUUCAAGACAGGACCUCAACAUCUUUACCGAGUACAUUCAAUACCACAGUGCAUGUUUCAACUGAAGAGGCGACUACUAAACAACUUACUACUGAGAAUGUAAAACAUCAAUCAACAACUGAGACUGCAGACACAGAAAUGCAACACAGCAUUACACAAGUGACUACUGAACAUACUUCUGCCCUACAUAUAACCACAGUGGCUGAGACUGCUCCAUACAGUACUACAGAGCCUGUCAGUCUCUCCACUGUUAUGCCAAAUGAAAACAGUCAAGGUUUAAGUCCAGACAACCUGAUAUUGAUCCAUGAGAACAUGACGUGGAACGAGGCCGUGAGCUACUGCAGAGAGCACCACGUUGACCUGGUCUCGAUCACUACAGAGCUGCUUCAGUACUGGGUGGCAGAGAGGGCUGCCAACGCCACCUCAUCCCACGUCUGGGUGGGCCUGCGCUUCACCUGUUCAUUCCACUUCUGGUUCUGGAUCAGGUCUGAUGCAGGCUGCUACCAGAACUGGGCCCCCGGGCACGGCUCAGACAGCCAGCAGGACUGUGGGAUUGCAGGGGCUGUAGAGACCACCGGGAGGCAGCAAUGGGUUAGUCUGGAGGAGAACCAGAGGCUCAACUUCAUCUGCUACAAAUGUUCUGGGGACAGUGGUGAGGGGUUGAUACAUCCCUGAUUCGGACAACUUUUGUAUUAUGUAUGUUUCUUGUGCAACGUGAAAAAUGUACACUACCGUUCAAAAGUUUGGGGACACUUAGAAAUGUCCUUGUUUUUGAAAGAAAGCACAUUUUUGUCCAUAAAAU